AUGUUCCGCCAAGUUAAACGACGCACGGCUGGCCGUAGGAACUUUGAGGGAACUUAUACUCCUCGUAAUGACCUCCCCAAUCACAGAUUAUCGUUUUAUGAUGUUCCUCCUACAGAAGAAAUCACUUUGGAGCAAUUCGAAUCUUGGGCCAUCGACAGGCUCAAAAUUUUGAUCGAGAUUGAAUCUUGUAUGGCUCGUGGAAGAUCGUUUCGGGAAACAGAGACGGCGGUGAGACCGUUGCUUCAGAAAUUACUUCCCUUAGGAACGUGGCCCGUAAAUAACAACUCUCAAAUUGAUGAAUUGAAAAAGGAUUAUUACUCACAUUUCAUUCUUCGUCUCGUAUUUUGCAGAACUGAGGACCUACGUCGCAAGUUUGUACGGAACGAAACCGUGCUCUUCAAGAUCAGAUACAAUGCCAUGCAACCCAAGGAACAACACCAGUUCAUCACAAAUCACCACGAUAAAUUGCCGUGGAAUUAUAUCGAUUCCGACGAAAAACUGGCGUUAUUUGACCAGCUUUUUGCUGCCACGGGUGCCACCGUCAAAUCCGCUUUAGCGGCCGAAUCUGAUGGCCAAAUCACCACCGAUCAGCUCCGUGCUCACUUUCGCAACGAAAACUUUAUUAAGGUACCUUUUGAGAAAAUCACCAGUCUCGUGGCCACGCGUCUGGUUUUGCUCAAACUGGGCUACGGAUACGUUCCCUCAACUCUUCAGCUCAGCUUACUAGCACUGGAGUUCCAGGAACUUCUUCAACGCGAUCUUCUCCGCACGUUUCAGUCUAUUCCACGUCUUGAGGAAGACGAUAGACUUCUUCCUCUUCUCAACCAUUUGGGCCAAAACUUCGCCAGCAUGGAAUACGAUCCAGCUUUCAGCGCGGACCCUUCGCUUGUCUCGGACAUAAACGCAGCGUCAGUAACGACUCCUGCCAUCACCAAUCACUAUCCAUUGUGUGCCAAACACUUGCAGACUAACAUGAUAGCUAGCUCACAUCUUCGUCAUGAGGGCCGCCAGCAGCUCUCUCUCUUCCUCAAGGGAAUUGGUUUGAGUGUCGACGAAGCCCUCAAAUUUUGGUCCCAUAGUUUUACCAGCGGUCCUCACGCAAUGACCCCAGAACGGUUCAACAAAGAAUUCAAAUAUAACAUUCGUCACACCUACGGUUUGGAAGGUGCACGGACAAACUACAAACCUUGGGACUGUGCUAGAAUUCUCCUGAGACCACUUCCUGGCAAAAACGAGUACCAUGGCUGCCCUUAUCGUGAUUUGAGUGUAGAUGCCCUCACAACACAACUAGGAGAAAUGGGUGUUGGCGCUGUGGAUAUGAAAGGAGUACUCAACGAUGUGGAAAGAAAAGACUAUACGGUUGCUUGUACUCGAGUUUUCGAGAUAACACAUAACGUACAAGCAGAGCAUAUUGGACAUCCAAACUUGUAUUUUGAUCGAUCGAGACAAUUGGAGAGAGCAAAGACCGAAACCGCAUAA